AUGGCCGGCUCAGGCCCCAAGCGGCGCGCAGCGGCGGCCACCCUCCCGGCGAACGAGGAGGAGGAACGGCAGGCGCGGGAGCGGAUGCUGGCGGCGCGGGGCGCGGACGGCGCGGAGGGCGAGGUGACCCUGCAGCGCAACAUCACGCUGCUGAACGGCGUGGCCAUCAUCGUGGGCACCAUCAUCGGCUCGGGCAUCUUCGUGACGCCCACCGGAGUGCUCAAAGAGGCGGGCUCGCCCGGGCUGGCGCUGGUGGUUUGGGCCGUAUGUGGCGUGUUCUCCAUCGUGGGCGCGCUCUGCUACGCCGAACUGGGGACCACCAUCACCAAGUCGGGCGGCGACUACGCCUACAUGCUGGAGGUGUACGGCUCGCUGCCCGCCUUCCUCAAGCUGUGGAUCGAGCUGCUCAUCAUCCGGCCCUCCUCGCAGUACAUCGUGGCGCUCGUCUUCGCCACCUACCUGCUCAAGCCGGUCUUCCCCACCUGCCCUGUCCCCGAAGAGGCCGCCAAGCUCGUGGCCUGCCUCUGCGUGCUGCUACUCACGGCCGUGAACUGUUACAGUGUGAAGGCCGCCACCCGCGUCCAGGACGCCUUUGCUGCUGCCAAGCUGCUGGCACUGGCCUUGAUCAUCCUGCUCGGCUUCAUCCAGAUCGGGAAGGGUGACGUAGCGAAUCUGGAUCCCAAGUCCUCCUUUGAAGGCACCAAGCUGGAUGUGGGGAACAUCGUGCUGGCGCUAUACAGCGGCCUCUUUGCUUACGGGGGAUGGAAUUACUUGAAUUUUGUCACAGAGGAGAUGAUUAAUCCCUACAGAAACCUGCCCCUGGCCAUCAUCAUCUCGCUCCCGAUCGUCACCCUGGUGUACGUGCUGACGAACCUGGCCUACUUCACCACGCUGACCCCCGAGCAGAUGCUUACCUCGGAGGCCGUGGCCGUGGACUUUGGGAACUACCACUUGGGUGUCAUGUCCUGGAUCAUCCCCGUCUUCGUAGGCCUGUCCUGCUUCGGCUCCGUCAACGGGUCCCUCUUCACGUCCUCCAGGCUGUUCUUCGUGGGGGCCCGGGAGGGCCACCUGCCCUCCAUCCUCUCCAUGAUCCACCCGCGACUGCUGACACCUGUGCCCUCGCUGGUGUUCACGUGCGUUAUGACUCUGCUCUACGCCUUCUCCAAAGAUAUCUUCUCCGUCAUCAACUUCUUCAGCUUCUUCAACUGGCUCUGCGUGGCCCUGGCCAUCGCCGGCAUGCUCUGGCUUCGCUACCAGAAGCCGGAGCUGGAGCGGCCCAUCAAGGUUCACUUGGCCCUCCCAGUGUUCUUCAUCCUGGCCUGCCUCUUCCUGAUCGCCGUCUCCUUCUGGAAGACCCCCGUGGAGUGUGGCAUCGGCUUCACCAUCAUCCUCAGUGGCCUGCCCGUCUACUUCCUUGGGGUCUGGUGGAGAGACAAACCCAAGUGGCUGCUUCAGAGCAUCUUUUCCACAACGGUCCUGUGCCAGAAGCUCAUGCACGUGGUUCCCCAGGAGACGUAA